CUCCUGCAAGUUCCCCGGCUGUUCAUCUGGCUAUUAUGUGGGUUCAACGGAGAAAAUUUGCAACAAGCAUUUCUAGAGGUUUCCAAAACAAUCUCAAGAGUUGAUUCUAAAGUGGAAGAGUGUUUGUAAACUGUCACCAGAUGUGAACUGUGCUUCUUAUUUUGUUUGUGAAGAACAUUUUUUCGAAGAAGAUUUUAUGAAUAAAAGUAGGCAUAGGCUAAACAGGGGUGUGUUUCCAAAACAUGUGACAGGUGUUCCUUGUGAGAUUGCCAAAAUCGGUAGUGAAUCAGGUGACACUGUUGUUAAUAGUGAAUUGGGCCUACCAAACACUAGUGGUGCUAUGGCAACUGUUCAUUUUACAGCUGCUAAUACCAGAAGUGAAACUGGAGUUAAUGAACUACAAAGCCUUAAUUGUGCUGUGGGAAGUAGUUCUCAUGUAGGUGUUUGUACCAGAAGUGGAUCAGGUGAAACUGUUGUUAUUAGUGAAUUAGACUUACCAAGCACUAGUGGUACCAUGGAAAAUCUUUAUUAUACAGGUGCCAAUACCAGAGGUGAAACUGGUGUUAGAGAAUUACCUAGCACUAGUUGUGCUGAGCAGAGUAAUUCAUUGAGUGAUGCACCUCUUAAAUUUUUUAUUCCCCCUCAAAAUGAAUCUGCAGAUAGUGAGUACACAUUCUUAUCUGAAACAUUUUGUAAUGAGGAAAGUGGGGUUUUAGGUACAGGGUUUCAAAAGCAGACUUAACUCCAACAAAAUCAAAAAUGUACAAGAUUCAUAGGAAUACUCUAACAAGGCUGCCAAAACUGAAAGCAAAGCUACAUCAUGAAAAAUCAGAACUGAAAGCACUUAAAGAUUUAUUUGACAGCAAUACUUUCUCUGUCAUAGAAUCUAAUUUAAAUUCUGUUGCCAAAGAUUUCAAAAACAGCCAAUUACGAAAUGCUCAUCGAUCAGCAAAUGUAAGGCGAUGGACACUCGAGGACAAAGUAUUUGCUUUAUCCUUAUACAAGUGAAGUCCCCUCCUAUACAAAUAUUUGUCAGUUCAUUUUUAUCUUCCUUCUGUGAGACAUCUGAAAUGUCUGUUGUCUUCUAUACCUUUUGAACCAGGAUUGAAUACUUCGGUCAUGAAUGUAAUGAAAGCAGAAAUUGAAGUAAUGAAAAACAGUGAAAAAUAUUGUGCUUUGGUGUUUGAUGAAAUGUCUUUAGAAAGAGGGUUGUAUUAUAGUGCAAGCAAACAAGAAAUUUCAGGGUUUCAAGAUUUAGGGCGUUUAGGGAGGUCAAAUGUUCAUGCAAAUCAUGCAUUAGUUUUCAUGGUUAGAGGCAUACAUAAAAGCUGGAAGCAGGUUGUUGCUUAUUAUUUCACUCACACCUCAGUUUCAAGUAUCACUUUAAAAAGUCUUAUUACCUAUGUCAUAAGACAAUUGCAAGAAAUAGGGCUAAAGGUAGUUUGUACAGUUUGUGACCAGGGUGCAACCAACCAGAGAGCACUGAAGGAACUCUGCUGUGAGAAAUCUACUGAGUCCAGUCCAUUUCAUUUUGUAGUCAGAGAUGAACCUAUUGCAGUCAUUUAUGAUGUCCCACAUAUAUUAAAAAAUACUAGAAAUGCUCUGCUAGGAAAUAAAAUAAGUUUGGGUUUAAAACAGAGGCCAGUUUUGAAUAUAUUCACAGGGCUUUUCUUCUGGAUCAGCAGAUUCAAGGUAGCUGCAACCCAGCUUAGUCAUACAGUUGCUGCAGUUAUUGAAACUUAUGUGGCAUUUAAUAUCUUACCUGCUGAGGCAAUAUACACUGCAGAAUUUGUUGAAAAGAUGGACUGUUUAUUUGAUUCACUGAACAGCUUCUGUUGUUAUCCACAAGAUGGCAAGUCUUAUAUGUGUGUCCUCUCUGCAGAAUCCCCACAUAUUGAAAUGUGGUACAGUCUGUUACAGGAAACGGAAAAUUGGAAAGUGUUGGAGCUAGGCACAGGGCGAGAUAAGACAAAUAUGUUCAGUUUCAUAAGUGGGUGGCAAACUACAAUAAGAUCACUGAUGUUCAUUUGGAACCAAUUAAAAAAAGGCUUUAAUUUUUUAAGCAUGAGGGCUUUCAAUCAAGACCCAGUGGAGAAUGUAUUUUGUUGUGUGAGGCAGCAUGGUGUUCCAAACACUAACCCAACUUGCUUUCAGUUCAAAGCAGUAUUGAAAACAGUUAUAGUCAAUAACAUGUCCUUACCUACAAAGUCACUAGGUAAUUGUGAGGAUGAUAGAUGCAUGCCAUUAAGCAAUUUAAGGCAAUUUUUGGGAGCUAGUGAUGACAACUUUCUUGACUCCACAAUAGACCAUUCCAUUAUAGAUCAAAGUGAUUUACAUUGUGCCCUUGCUGAUAAUGAAGCUGCUGCUGGUAGUGGUGGGGCUGAUGUAAGAAAUGACAGACAAGCACUAGCAUAUGUAGCUGGUUACAUUCUAUGAAAGAUGGGUUUAACACCUGAAACCAACUGUGGUGACUGUAAAACAACUCUGUUCUUACAAACACCCACAGAGCAUCAUUUAUUUACAAGUUUCAAAGAAUAUGAUGCUUUAAACCCAAAAUUAUUGUAUGCUAGUGACAGCUUAAUGUCCUUUGUACGAAGUGUUCAUAGUCAGUUGUAUGCAUUCUUAGAUAAAUGUGGACACCAGGAACAAUUGGAAAAUACAUUCUAUUCACUGUUUAAGUUUUCAGAGGAAAAAACAUUUUGCAAGGCUCAUU